CCUGAAGAUCGUGAAACGCUGUAGGAUCUGGUUUCUGACAUCCUGAGACAAACCAAUGCAGUCAGGGGGAAGAGAGACCAGCAGGAUGAACACUCACUGAGCCAAGAACUGCAAUCAAGCAACACAGAAUUAAGUCUAUAAACAGCACGGACAGUCUUUACAAAGAUCACGGUGGUUUGAUUUCCCACCCCCGUCCCAGCCACAAUGACGUCCUCUAUGCUUCGCCGACAACUGAAGAACCUGGUCCAAAACUACUCUGAGGCUGAGGUUAAGGUAAGAGAGGCGACGUCAAAUGACCCAUGGGGUCCGUCCAGCUCUCAGAUGGCUGACAUCUCCGAUCUGACCUACAACGUGGUGGCCUGCAACGAGAUCAUGACAAUGCUCUGGAAACGCCUGAAAGAUGACAAGAACUGGAGACACAUCCACAAGUCCCUGACGCUGCUGGAGUACCUGUUAAAGACCGGUGACGAUCGCGUGCUUCUGAAAAUGAAAGACAACAUCUACAUCGUCAAAGCUCUCACAGAGUAUCGCUUUGUAGAAAAGGAUGGCAAAGAUCAGGGUGCAAAUGUGAGAGAGAAGGCCAAGGUUGUCCUUGUUCUUAUGGAGGACGAUGAUAAGCUCAAGGAGGAGAGAGACUUUGCCGUCAAGACCAGAGAGAAGACGUCAAAAAGUUCUGCUGCCUCAUCCACGGAUGCCAUCAAGGAUCCCAACUACAAGCCAUGCUACGUUCCCGGGUCCUCAGGGCUGCCAUCUUUAGACAACAUACCCUCUGUGGCCGACUUGACUGCUUCCUUCGCUGCCCGCAAAGAGGAGCGUCUUAAACAGGAAGCUGAGAAGAAAGAAGCAGAAAGGAGGGCCAAGAUGAGUGAAGAUGAGCUGAAAUGGGAGGAUGCGGGCAAAGAGAGCAGCAUGAAAGAAGGUGCUUGGGGUGGAGAGAAGGAGGAGGAGGUGGAAGUAGAUGCAUGGGGAGCCCCCAAAGAACCGAAAGUGGCCACAGAUUCAUGGGGCACACCCACAAGACCUGACAUCGCAGCCAGCAGUGAUGCUUGGGGGGCUCCAACUAAAACUGAUGAGGAUCCAUUUGCAGCACAGAAAACUGACGCAGAUCCAUUCGCUGCCCCAAAGAAUGGAGAGGAUCCUUUUGCAGCACCAAAGGAUGAACCUGAUCCAUUUAGUGCAUCAAAAGACGACCCUUUCAAUGCACCAAAAGAUAGUUCAGACCCCUUCAGUGCACCCAAAGACAAGGAAGAUCCAUUUGCUGCUCCAAAAGACAAACCAGAUCCCUUCAGUUCAUCUAACAAUGAUCCAUUCAAUGCACCCAAAGAUGAUCCUUUCAAUACUCCGAAAGAUGAUCCGUUUAUUGCUCCAAAAGAUGAUCCUUUCAAUACUCCAAAAGAUGAUCCUUUCAAUACUCCAAAAGAUGAUCCGUUUAAUGCUCCAAAAGACGAUCCUUUCAAUACUCCAAAAGACGAUCCUUUUAACACCCCAAAGGAUGACCCUUUCAACACUGUAAAAGAUGAUCCUUUCAAUGCCCCAAAAGAUGAUCCUUUCAGUGCUCAAAAAGACGACCCAUUCAGCAGCCCCAAAGAUGAUCCCUUCAAUGCACCAGCAUCAACACCCCCCAAAGAAGAUCCAUUUUCAGCACCACCAUCAUCUAAAGACGACCCCUUCACUGCCCCCACAACACCACCUAAAGAGGAUCCUUUCUCUGCAGCAUCUAAACCGACAAAAGAAGAUCCUUUUGCUGCACCAACAACUCCCCCUAAAGAGGAUCCUUUUGCUGCACCAACAACACCCCCUAAAGAGGAUCCUUUUGCUGCACCAACAACACCGCCUAAAGAGGAUCCUUUUGCUGCACCAACAACACCGCCUAAAGAGGAUCCGUUCUCUGCACCAUCCAAACCUACAAAAGAAGAUCCUUUCGCUGCCCCCACAACACCCCCUAAAGAGGAUCCAUUCGCAGUGCCAUCCAGCCCACCAAAAGAUGAUGCCUCAGAUCCCUUCAAUGCGCCCUUAGUGAGCUCUCCCCAAGGCAGUGCAGAUGCAUGGGGAGCCCCUGCUAGCUCUCCACCCGCCACUGGGUCAGAUCCUUGGGGGGCACCAUCUGCUCCAAAUGAAACAAAGGGCGGAGAUCCCUGGGGGGACGGGACAAGUGCCACCUCACCUGUUGAUAAUUCUGAUGCAUUUGGGGAUGCAUCCAAACCAGACAAUGACCCAUGGGGAGCCCCAGCUGCAGCUCCAGUCAGCACGAAUGAUGCGUGGGGUUCACCUGCUCCGCCCUCAGACUCCUCCCCAUCUAGUGACCCCUUUGGAGACGGAGCAUCUAAAAAAGGUGAUCCCUGGGGUGCACCAAGCAGCGCACCUAGCAAUGGGACAGGACCGCAAACAGUGCAGCAAAAGGAGACGCGUAGAAAGACUGCUUCGUUUCUGGGCGCUGUGGGGGCGUCGCUUGUUGACCUGGACGAUCUAUUUUCUUCUAACCCCAAACCCAAACAGCUCCCCCCGGUCAACACGCCCGCCGCCCAGACACAAGCGACUGGUGCUUUUAAAGCCAGGGGCAUGACAUUUGGUGGCCCUGUGUCCAGAUCAGGGGCUGUUGCAGGGGUGUCCCUUCCUGAAACGUCAGCCCCGUACUGCAGUCCUUUCAGUUCCACCCUUCCCCCCUCCUUUGGUGCACCUUCACGCGCUUUUGGAGCCGUUAAUCUUUCCAGUGAAACUCCCCAAUUUUCAACUGCCAUGUCUCAUCCUGGUUUGAAUAUGCAUCAAGUAGCUCAGGUGGCUCCUCCAUAUUCAGGAACUGGAAUGGUACAGUCUGUUUCGGUGGGAGGGAGUCCACAAGUGGGCUUUAACAUGAACCCCCCCUGUGGAGUUGGCAUGGUACAGUCUGGAUCUCUGAUGGGGAAUCCUUUGGCAGACCCCCGCGCACUGGGAGCGGGAAUAGGUCAGUCCAGUUUGUUUGGAGGGAAUCACCAAGCAGGAGGGACUCACUUGGGAGGAUCCACUCCUCAGGCCGGGGGUGGAGUCCCCUUCCAGCCACAGUCGCUCUCAGGCAGCGUGUUUGAGGAGACGGUGAACAAAAAGAACAAUCCAUUCCUGUUCUGACAGAUUGACGUGAUAGUUCCUAUCAGAUAUAUGUGUUAUAUUAAAUGACCACACUGGGUCGUUUUACACGUUUUAGCCUUCUAAAUGCGUCAUUAUGCUUCCAAAGAGCCGCAGGAUUUUAGACUGGUGAAGGAAACAAAUAACUUAAUUAAACUGAACAACAAGGCACGUCAGAGUGCUUGGAAGACUAACAAUCAGCAAACAUUAGCAUUAGCAUUAGCGUGAAAAAAUGAUGUGAAUUUGGCCAUUUCGUGCAUUAAAGGUUACUUUCAACAGGCGACUCUCCUCUUUAUGAGACUGAUUCAGGUGUGAGCGUCCCUGCUCAUAGCUGAAGUAACGUGUGAUAACAGCAUCACUCUGACUGGAAUCAGUGCCAGCCUGCAAGCUAAGAAACAGUGUAAACCUGUAGGGUUUACUUUUGGAAAAUAAACAGUAGUUACAUGGAUAUGACCGGUCAGGCUAAAACAUGCAAAACCACCUGUAUGAUCAUUUAAUGAAACACCUCCUCAGCUCACACUCGCCUCCCUUGAGCUCUACACAUGUCCGGUUCGUAUUAUAGCCAUGUUUUAAAUGUAUGCAGCAUUAUAAACAGAACAGAAAUGCACACAGACGAUGUGUGAAACUGUACUUUUGAAAUCUGGAUGAUCCAGCCUUGUUCUUCUUCAUGCACAAGUCCAAGCAACAGAGAGCACCUGUGUGUGAAAUACUGCAGAGUUACUGUGAAUCUGAGUGUUGUGAGAUAAAACAUUAACAGAACUGAUCUGAGACAGACGUCACUGUAGGUGUGUUUGUACAAGGCAGAAUGUGUGUGUGUGUGAGAGUGUGAGUGUGAGUGUGAGUGUGAGUGAGUGACCUGUCUGCACGCAAUGUGUGUGUGUGUGUGCAGUCUGUAUCGUGCUGAUGUAAAUAGUGGAAGUAAUCACAGAUAAACCUUGAAAUAUACUGUAUAUUAGAGUGUUACAAUCAUGAGUAACUAUUUAUUGAUCUAUUUAUUGAUUGAUUUAUUGCUUGAUUAUUUAUUGAUGCAGCAAUGGCCUCCAACAAAGACAAGUUCAGGUUAGCUUUGAUGGCAGUGUCAUUAUCAGACGGGCUCACCUGAUGGUAUCGAUCACGUGUGAUGUCGAGCGAUUGGCUUUAAUCUGACUUGGCUGUUCAAACGCUGCAUCAUCAAUCAUGUCAGUAACCAAUGGUGGCUUUCUCAUCCCUGUUUAGAUCUGUAGUCGUUCUGGAUUCAUUGUGUAAUUGAAUAUGUCUUCGCUGUAUCUCCUGGCAUUAGACAAGAAACACAGAUGUAUUAUUGUAUGAUGUUUAGCUGCAGUGUUGGCUAAAUAAAAACCGAAUUUGAACAUAUCAACCUCUUUAAUGUGCAUGCUGUCUGAGUGGAUCCUCCUCUGUACGUGUGUGUGUGUGAGUGAUUCAUGAAGUAUUUCAACACCCGCCUGUACGAAAAGGCAAAUAUAAAUGUAUAAACGGCUCUACUUUACCUUUUCUGCCUGUCUCGAUGCAGCUGUCUACAGACGAUGUGGCUGACGAUACAGUUUGAACAUGUUUUGACUCAGAAAACACAGCAGCUGGAUUAAUCGUAGUUUAUGAGAUGAGAAAACAUCCCAGCUCAGCAAAUCAAAGCCACCUUGAAAACAAACAGGACCAACAUGACUUCGAGGAGGUCGCGCGGUUUUGGAUUGCUAGCUUUCUUUGUGUUUCAUGGGUCUGUGCACGUCUUUCAUGUAUUCUUUGACUCCCUUAAAUGUGAACUUGGGUGUAAAACUUGACUGAAAGACAGUUUAGCUUCAAGGAGUCACAGCAGAGCAAGAUGAGGUUGAAAAACUAGUUCAUAACAUGGUUAUUAUUAUUUCUCAAAUUUAAUUUUGUAUGAAAUGAAUUUAUUUUGCUGUGUAUUUAAAUUCAAAGCUGUGUUGUAAACUGUGACAGU